AAUUCAACAGAAAAGCGAAAGCCAAUAGAAACUACAUCUACAUUAAACUAUCAAAAAAUUGCGUUAAUUUUACAGAAAAGUUAUUUUUCCUAUUAAAUUAAUGCAAUUUAAAUAAAAACAACUAUUUAAAAAGAAUACUAAUAUAAUAUAAACAUUAAUUAAAGAAGAAUGGUUUUUAACGACAGCUUUAUGUCGGUCGAUAAUGAUUCGCCUCGAAAGGAUUCUGGAAAUCCCAAUAGAUAUUCCUGGGCUGAAGAAGUUAUUGUUAAUGAAUAUGGCAUAGAUGAAAUGGAAAAGAUUAAAAAAGUCCUUGAUGAAUGUGACGAAAGAAAAUCGGUAACAAUCAAACAAGAAAUCAAAGAAGAGCCUGGAACAAGUAACAUUAAACGUGAAGUUCAAUCAGCAGAACGUGAAAUUUCCAUAGAUUUCUUAGAUAGUGUAAAUGAACAAAAGUUUGAGAAAUUAAUCAAAGAGGAGAAACUUAAAACUCCCUUCAAACGGCGUCAUUCGAAUACUCCAAGCAAUGAAAGUCGCUCGGGCAGCCCCAAUAGUAGUGUACAAAGUGAUAAUGGAGGAGAUAUCAAGCCAAAAAAUUACCGUCGAAGAGUUGAUGAGAAACGUCCUAGACAUAGCAGUCAAAGUUCCUCGUCGUCAUCGAACCUAGCCAAUGAAACUGAUCCAUCCAUAUUGGAAAGGAGGCAGAAACAAAUCGAUUAUGGCAAAAAUACUGUUGCUUAUGAUCGUUAUAUUGAAAUGGUCCCAAAAAAUUUAAGAACUCGUGAACACCCUCGUACACCCAACAAGUUUGGUAAAUAUAGCCGACGUGCAUUCGAUGGAUUGGUUAAAAUUUGGCGCAAACAACUUCACUAUUAUGAUCCUCCUAAAGAAGUAAUUAAAAAAGAAGAGUUAAGUACGGACUCUGAAAGUGAAUCUGAUUAAUUUUAAAAUUAGGUUUGUUGAUAUAUUAAUCAUAAUCUUAACUAUAAAAGUUAUAACUGUACUGAUAAAAUAUGAGCGGAUGUUUUUUGUUUUUUAUAAAGCUUCUCGAAAUGUUUGUUGAAUGAAGUUAAAGUUUUCUUUUUAAAUAACAUGCCUCAUUAAUUUAUUAAUUUUGUAUUUGCAACGUUAAUUAUGUAUUAAUAUACUUAAAUAAAUUUAUAUUAAUAUUUUUGAAUUUUA